UCUCCAGAAGCUUCGCCACCCGCCUUUGUCUAUACGCGGCGCCCUUUGCGUACAACUCCUCGUUACCACACGCAACGGAGACGGGGGUUCCGGUUGGACGGCGCAACAGAGAACCUCCCCCAAGGAUCGAUCGAGAUGUCACACUCAAGAAGAACAAGGUAUUCGUCUUACUCUCGAUCUGUGUCACGGUCAUGUUCACCAUAUCGGUACAGUCGAGCUGUCUCAAGGUCUUUGUCGAGGUCGAGAAGCCGCUCAAGGAGCAUGGACUCAAAUGCUGCUAAAAAUCCUGGAAACAAUUUGUAUGUCACUGGUAUAUCUUCGAGGGUAACAAAGGAUGAACUUGAGAAGCACUUUGCAAGUGAAGGAAAGGUUGUUGAUGUCCACCUAGUGGUUGACCCUUGGACAAGGGAGUCUCGAGGGUUUGGAUUCGUGACAAUGUCUACCAUUGAGGAAGCAGAUAGCUGCAUUCAGUAUCUCAACCGUUCGGUUUUGGAAGGUCGGGUUAUCACUGUUGAAAAGGCAAGGAGACGACGAGGACGGACACCAACCCCUGGUAGAUACCUUGGUGUAAAAACUAGUGCACACCAUCAUUCUGGAAGCUAUUCACCUUAUGCUAGGCGUCGGUACAGCUCGCCUGGUUACACCUCUGAUGGGGACCGAUCCUAUUCUCCCUACUACAGGCGGCGAGCAUAUUCUCCUUACUUCAGGAGGCGGAGGUCUCGAUCUGUAUCUCCCUGCAGUCGUCGACGGCGAUCGUACUCUAGAGAUUUGAGGUCUUCCUCUUCGGGGCGUUCUGCUUCACCCUAUUAUCACAGGCGGUGUGAACAUUCAUGGUCACGUAGCAUUUCUCCAAGGUCACGGUACAGACGACACUACUCACCCAGCAUCUCACCUAGGAGAAGUUCUAGGAGGGGCUUUUCUCACAGUUACUCUCCAAGGGAUCGACGAUCACGAAGAAGCUAUUCUCGGAGCUACUCUCCAAGGGAUCAAAGGUUGCGGAGAAGCUAUUCUCGGAGCUACUCUCCAAGGUAUCGAAGAUCACAGAGCUAUAGUCCUAAGGUGCGACCAAGCAAGAGGUGCCCAUCAUCUAGCAAUUCACCUGGGCCAAGAAAGAGGUACUCGCGAGAAAGCUAUGCCCACAGCCGUAGCGUGAGCUCUUCUUCGAGUUCUCGCUCAAGGUCUCCAGCAGGGUCUGCAAGGUCCUCAUAACAUAUAGACGUGAUGUUGUUUAAAUCUUGGAUAUCACUGGUUCUUCCGGUGGCCUUUGCCUGGAAACCCUGUUGCAUGUGUUGCUGAACAAACUUAUGGGUUCUUCUAUCAGACAAUAAUCGUAUUUGUGUAGAAGCAUGUGCUUGUAGACCUUUCACAUCUCAUAAUAUGGAUAUCGUCAUCGCUAAUUUACUUUGGAUGGCACUUUAAUAA